UGUGUCCUGGAGGUGUACAGUUCCUAAAGAGUUGGGUGGUUACAGCCAAUCAUCUUAGCAAAGUGGAUGACAUGCUGCAGCUUGGCCUUGUUCCUGGCCAAAGCUGCAGCAAACCAGACUGUUAUUGAGGAUGUGAGGAUGGAAGGCCUAAUGAUUUAAACAUAACAUCAUUUUAGCUUUGCAUCCGGAUUACUGGCUCAGAGUUAUCUUCCAAUGCGCUACAAGGUAAACUCAUCUCUUCUCAUUCACCUAAGGCUAACUAGCUUCAGUUAGUUUCCAGGUAAGCCAAUAAGAUAUCCUCCAUUGCCUAUGUCACUAAGGCUACACGAUUUGUAGAAGUACGUCAGGACUGCUUAAGUCAGAAAUCUUCCAAAUUCUCCCCUGGAAAGAAGUCCUAGAUUUAUUUCCAACAAAAUACAUUUAUAAAUAAUUAUUCAAGUAACUUGUCUAUAAAUUGUGAAUGUCAUCUGUGGGUCAGGUCAGGUGAUAAAUUAUAAAAAUAAGUGUUGACAAACACAUUUAGUAGAAGACCAGAAGGCAAGUUUAACGCAGCUUUAAAAUGAGAUUUUGUUGAGGAGUGGGUACUCUAUUUUAUACCUGUGCAUAAUAAGAUUAGUAGUCUAAUCUGGGAGAAGUUAAGAAUAGCCUUGUAGUCCCCCCCAGAGCUGAAGCAUAAGAGAAAGAACCUGUUCAUAGAGCUCAUUACAAAGGACUCAAUCUAUGCUAUUUUUCAACAUACCGCUGCUUGUCUGUUUGAUACCCUUUUUUUUUUGUCAUAGAUGAGCUCUUAGGAAGGAGUGUAUGGGAUCCAUCUGAGACUUGAGUUGCCCAACCUUAAUUCACAGAGAUAAUCUGACAUGGUUCAAACCAGUAAGUUUACAAGAUUGACUUCUCACAGAGCUAGAGAGAGAGAGCGGCCAAGUCAGAGCUGGAGCCUGGUGUCAGAAACGCUGCCAACUGAAACUGUGAUUCUUUUACACUCUGAGAUAAUGACCACAAGCAUCUCAUCUCAACCACUAAAGCUAAGUCGACCUUGAUUGUUUGGCAUGCAACCCUUUUGAUGAGUGAUGGUUUGUUUUGUACCGUGAUGAGACACUGAAGUAAAACUAUCAAGAAUAACAGCUUGUCAAUCCUUUCAAAGACUCUACUAUGACUGUCAGCCUGAGUGAAUAUUCAUAUGGCAUUAAAUGUGAAAACAGGAGGUGGAUUGCUGAUGGAAUACAUAAAAGCUCCCAGAGCAAAAUACACAAUUGUAGGAGAAGCUAUACGCUACGUCAUCCCAGGACAUAUGCAAUGCUCAAUUGGCUGUGGAGGGCAAGCCUGCAAGUAUGACAACCCAAGUUACUGGAGCGAAGACCAACAGGCCAUAAAAGGCCUCUACUCAUCCUGGAUUACUGACCAUCUUCUUGCCAUGUCCAGACCUUCAACAGAAGUCAUUGAAAAGUAUAAUAUUAUUGAUCAAUUUAAAAGGAAUGACAUUAAAACAGUGAUCAACCUACAGAUACCUGGAGAGCAUGCAAGCUGUGGAAAACCUCUGGAGCCAGAGAGUGGGUUUUCAUACCGCCCAGAGGUCUUCAUGGAAAACAACAUUUAUUUCUACAACUUUGGCUGGAAUGACUAUGGCGUGGCCAGCCUCACCAUCAUGUUAGACAUGAUAAAAGUGAUGGCAUUUGCUCUGCAGGAGGGAAAGAUAGCGGUCCACUGUCAUGCUGGUCUUGGCAGAACAGGUGUGCUUAUAGCAUCUUUCUUGGCCUAUGCUACCAGAAUGACUGCUAACCAGGCUAUUUUAUAUGUACGUGCCAAACGGCCCAAUUCUAUCCAGACCCGAGGUCAGCUGCGUUGUGUCAGAGAAUUUGUUCAGUUCCUCACCCCUUUAAGGAGUGUGUUUUCCUGUGCCGAGCCUCGAUCUAACCCAGUUACCCUGUCCCAGUACCUGAACCGUCAGAGACACAUACUGCAUGGCAUUGAGAGGAAGGGGCUGAGGCACCUACCAAAGAUUGUUCAGCUCGUAUGUAGGCUGCUGUUGGACAUUGCAGAGAAUCGUCAGGUGAUUGAAGAAGAUAUUCUGGAGGCCCCAGAUAUUAGUGACAUUGAAAUGACUCUCAGUAUCAUUGAGCAGAUGGGCCCUGAACUGUUUACAAAAACCCCUCGUUUACCUGGUUCACCCACCUUACCCAGACAUUUCAAUGAGCCAGCCAUCUUCUACCAUCGCAAAAGUCUGAGCUACAGUGAGUCUGACUUGAGGCGCCUGGGCUCACAGCUAAAUCUCCUCACACAACCUCUGACCUCCAUUUCUAAAUCGGAGACUGCCCUCCCUGCAUCGUCCAGUCAGAACUGCAACACAUCUGAUAUGUCUCACAGCUCAACAGGCUCACUCUGGCAAGUCAAGAAUGAGGAGGGCCAAAAAGACGGAACAAUUGUGUUUAAGAAACUGAAAAGAAAAACAAUCCAACGUAGUGAGUCAGUGGGAAACACUCAACUCACCAAAAAGGGAAGCAUGUUGUCCAGGUGGAAGGCUGAGCAGAGGGAGGAACUAGCAAUGAAUGGGAAGAUGUCUAAAGCUAAGGAAGAUGAACAUUCAGAAGUUCCCUGUAUCACCCUGCAGUCAGAGCUCUCUCCAGAAGCCAGGCGGUUGCUGGUGGCACAGGCACUGGCGGUGGACCUAUUACUUGAUGGGCAAGAAGAACACAAGAGCAAAAUGCUGUCCUGGCAGGCAGAGCUGAAUCAAGGUGGUGCAUGGGAGAGGCUGUGCAUGGAGCGAGAUCCCUUCAUCCUGGCUGGACUGAUGUGGUCAUGGCUGGAGCAGCUCAAAGAGCCCAUCAUCUCCAUCCAUGAUGCCAAAGCCUUAAACCCUCACAAUAUUGACGCUCAAACUGUUCUCAAUACGCUCGACCAGGCCCCUAAGGAAACAUUAACUUGCAUACUGGAUUGCAUGGCUCAUAUGCUGAUCCUAUCAGAGGAGGUUGAGGAUACAUUUCUGCGUCGGACUAUCAAGGCUUUUACCUGGAUGGACAUUAAUUCAGAGGAUGGGAGCAAAGUGUACGGGUCAAUGACCACAAUCCUGAAGUGUGUGCUUGAGGACAUGAGGUUGAUGGCCAUUGCAGCUGAAGAGGCACCUAUGUCUCCCAUGUCUUUCACAUGACUACAGCACGUCUUGUAUACGGGGUGCACUGCAAGUGGGACAAAUUAAGAAAAACAAUGCAUCUGUGCCUUGUGUCAA